AUGGUGUAUGAAGAAGACGAAGAUAGAUGGGAGACAGAGGUGCAGAUCAGUGAGGCCUCUGAGGACCACAGCAUAAAAGUCAUCAAUGAAAGGGAGUACAAGUCGCUCUAUGACUGGUGCCAGCUGGUGUAUCAUCAUGAUGCACGAGGGGAUAUGACUUACUGUAACGAGGUAGAGAGUGAAGACGACGUUGGUGUCAAGGUGCUAGCAAAUUGA